AUGGUACCGUUCCUGGAGUGCUACGUGGAUGAGGUCGCAGAACCAGUGACACUCAUAGAUGUGAUGAGAGCAGAUUCGAAUUCUGGCACAAAUGAUGUUGAGGUGACGCACCGGCGGUUCUCAAACGCGAAGGAUAUCCAGGAGUACUUCAAGAACCCGGAGAGCGACAAUUUCAGAGAUCGUUACAUAUCCAUUUGCCAGGGACACUCAUGGGACCCCCUUGAGAUCACAGCCUCGAUGCUAGAGUCCCUAACUGAAGCAUGCGGACUAGGCACCCUAGUUUUGGAUUUGACGACUAGUUUCUAUCGGCGGGUUCGAGAGAUCGAAGAGACGUUCUGCAUCCCGUUGACAGAGUGUACAGAUGGUUCAUUGACUGUAAUAUCCUACACCAUGCGAUAUCCGGAGUUGAAACCGAUACAAAAUGACUGGGUGAUGCGACAAAGCGGCAUUUAUCACAAGUUAGAUGCCACGAAAUCCCAGAACACAUAUGUCCUUCUGAGCCCGUCGCCCGAUUCGAAAUUGAAGAAGCAGGCAGAGCAUGACCUUUUCAACUGUUACCAAACCAUCGAAAAUAAUCCAUUCUGGCUGCACAUAAUGUUUCAAGAGCUCUGCUUGCCAAACUGGAGAUCUUAUAAUGCGAGUCUCGAGCGCAAGUUUCUUCCAAUGGCAGACACUGCGGCUCAUACCUUCAUUGACGAGCUUACCGAAUCACAAUACAGCCAUCUCACCGACCUUGCUGACCUUGAGAAUCGGUUCCUGCAGACUUCGAUCAUUCUCACUGCAUCACAGGAUGUAAUCGAUUGCCUCACUACCAUCUGUGCUGAUCUGAGAGAUCUGAGCAUGUCUUGCGAAAAACAAGUUCAGAUAUUGAAGCGUCGAUUCCAGCACGGCCAGCGCAUGUGCGCCGCCAACCACAGGACGGCGACGUAUCUGCAUCAACGUUCCAGAACCACUGCACAACUUUUGGCAAAUGCGCUAUCGUUCCGCGAACAGCUAGAGUCCAGAGCUCAAAACAAUAACAUGCUGUCGCUCAACAGGUCGGCCGUAUUUAUCACAACUCUCACGUUGUUAUACUUGCCGCCUUCUUUCAUCGCCGUAAGUGAAAAUACCGGAGGAAGUGCCAGUAUUCUAUGA